AUGACGAACAAGACAGCUCGAAGUAUAGACUUUGCCGAAGUUGAAAGUUUUCUUGAUAAACACCCGGAACUAUUCGAAGACUAUCUGAACAGAAAAGGAAAGCAGAGCAUGGUGGAGAAAUGGCUCAAGAAUCACCAGGCGAGCAAAACUCCGGUGGCCACUGCCGCGGAUCCGGACAAGCCUAAUGUCAGUAGAGACAGCUGGGUCAGCAAGAGCGACGGCUUGCAGAGACGCGCCUCGCAGAAGGAACUGCGGAAAACUUUCGCCAGGUCCAAGGCGGUCAACGCCAACAGGACAUAUGACGAGCACGUAAAUUCCAGGGCUCAGGAACCCUUAACGAGUAUGAGGAGACGGGCUCUGUUGCGGAAAGCCAGCUCUCUUCCACCGACAACCGCGCACAUCCUCAGCGCUCUCCUGGAAUCCCGAGUGAACAUACCUCAGUACCCAUCCACCGCGAUAGACUUCAAAUACUACCUUAAAGAGCACAACGAACGGGAGUUUUUCUUGGAAUUGGUGAAAGACAUUUCCAACGACCUGGAUAUAACUAGCCUCAGUUACAAAAUCCUGGUGUUUGUUUGCAUUAUGGUAGACGCAGACCGCUGCUCCUUGUUUUUGGUGGAAGGCACCGCGAAUAAGAAAACUUUAGUGUCUAAAUUCUUUGACGUCCACGCAGGAACCACGGUGUUACCCUCUUUUAGUAACUCGGAUGAAGUGCAGGUGCCGUGGGGAAAAGGCAUUAUUGGAUAUGUUGCUGAGCACGGAGAAACUGUCAAUAUCCCCGACGCCUAUCAGGACCAUCGCUUCAGCGACGAAAUCGACAAGCUGACAGGGUACAAAACCAAGUCCCUGCUGUGCAUGCCCAUUCGGAACAGUGACGGGGAGAUCAUCGGAGUCGCCCAGGCCAUCAACAAAGACCCCGGGGGCGCUCUUUUCACUGCCGACGAUGAGAAGGUGCUGCAGAUGUACCUGCCCUUCUGUGGAAUCGCCAUCUCCAAUGCCCAGCUCUUCGCCGCCUCCAGGAAGGAGUACGACAGGAGCAGAGCCCUGCUGGAGGUGGUGAACGACCUGUUUGAGGAGCAGACGGACCUGGAGAAGAUCGUGCGGAAGAUCAUGCACCGCGCGCAGACGCUGCUGAAGUGCGAACGCUGCUCCGUGCAGCUGCUGGAGGACAUCGAGUCCCCGGUUGUGAAGUUCACCAAAUCCUUUGAGCUGCUCUCUCCAAAGUGCAGCGCAGAUACUGAAAACAGCUUCAAAGACAGCAUGGAGAAGUCGUCCUACUCGGACUGGCUCAUCAACAACAGCAUUGCAGAACUUGUGGCCUCGACGGGUCUCCCCGUGAACAUCAGCGACGCAUACCAAGACCCUCGCUUCGACGCAGAAGCUGACCAGUUCUCCGGCUUCCACAUUCGCUCUGUGCUUUGCGUACCCAUUUGGAACAGCAACCAUCAAAUAAUCGGGGUGGCACAGGUGUUGAACAGACUAGAUGGGAAGCCGUUCGACGACGCAGACCAGAGGCUGUUUGAGGCUUUUGUGAUCUUCUGUGGCCUCGGCAUCAACAACACCAUCAUGUAUGACCAGGUGAAGAAGUCCUGGGCCAAGCAGUCUGUGGCUCUGGAUGUUCUGUCUUACCAUGCCACCUGUUCUAAGACUGAGGUGGACAAAUUCAAGGCGGCUAACAUCCCGCUGGUAUGUGAGCUCGGCAUUGACAAGCUGUCGUUCGAUGACUUCUCUCUGGAUGUGGACGCCAUGAUCACUGCCGCCCUCCGCAUGUUCAUGGAGCUGGGCAUGGUGCAGAAGUUCAAGAUCGACUACGAGACGCUGUGUAGGUGGCUGCUGACGGUGAGGAAGAACUACCGUAUGGUGCUGUACCACAACUGGCGGCACGCCUUCAACGUGUGCCAAUGCAUGUUCUCCAUGCUGACGACCGCAGGGUUCCAGGAGACCCUCACCGAGGUGGAGAUCCUGGCCCUGAUCGUGGGGUGCAUCUGCCACGACCUGGACCACCGGGGGACCAACAACGCCUUCCAGGCCAAGACGGGCUCAGCCCUCUCGCUGCUGUACGGGACCUCAGCCACGCUGGAGCACCACCACUUCAACCACGCCGUCAUGAUCCUGCAGAGCGAGGGCCACAACAUCUUCUCCAACCUGUCCUCUCGAGAGUACAGUGACCUCAUGCAGCUGCUGAAGCAGUCCAUACUGGCCACAGAUCUCACCCUCUACUUUGAGAACAGGAACACGUUCUUUGAGCUGGUCAGUAAGGGCGAGUACAACUGGAAUGUGAAGAGUCACAGAGACAUGUGCAGGUCAAUGCUGAUGACAGCCUGUGACCUCGGUGCUGUGACCAAACCCUGGGAAAUAUCGAGAAAGGUGGCGGAGCUGGUAACGAGUGAGUUCUUUGAGCAAGGAGACAGAGAGAGGUCAGAGCUGAAGCUGACUCCUUCUGCCAUCUUCGAUCGGAACAGGAAGGACGAGCUUCCGGGACUGCAGCUGGAGUGGAUUGACGGGAUCUGCGCUCCACUGUAUGAGACCCUGGUUAAGGUGAACCCAAAGCUGCAGCCAAUGGUGGACCUGAUCCGGGAGAACAGGGCCAGGUGGGAGGAGCUACACAGAGAGCGACAGCGCAGCCAGGAGGGGGCCACGCCCACCAGCUGCAGCAGGAAGACCACGUCACCGGGCGGCGGCGUCACGGAGGGCAGCGACAGCGCCCCCUGCUGUAGCGACCCCCUGAAAAACAGCAGCUAG